GAACUCGCUGAUAUAAAAAUGUGUGGUAUCAGUGGAGGUAUUGAUAAAUAAAAUUAAAUUCAUAACACAAACAGUUAAAGAAAAGUAAUGUUUAAGACGAAGAGCUGUUGAUAACUUCAUAACAUGUGAAAACAUAGAAUGUGUGAGUGGAAUAUAAACUAAAAUGAAGUAAUUUUCUCAUAUUAUGUAAAUACAUCCGUAGCGGUAGAAUUUUAGUUUAAAAUAUUACAAUUUUAAUAAUAAAACAAUACAAUGAGUGUAACCAAAACAUUGAUAAUAACAUUAUCUCUCGUACUCGCCUCUCACGCUGUCUUUAAAUAUUUAUAUAAAAGGAAACCAAAGAAACGAAAGGAAAUCAAUGACGUUAUAAUGUUCUCUAAUAAAUGUAGCGAUCUCAAGCCUAGUAAGUAUCUUAAACAUCAAACAACCGAAAACAUAGAGAGAUUACUUCACUACUUGAACCAGCCUAGGCAGAGCUUGGAUAUUUGCAUGUAUGUGUUGACUAAUACAGAUAUUACCAAUGCAGUGCUAAAGCAACAUUAUAGAGGCGUUAAAGUUCGUGUUAUUGUCGAUCCUGAUAUGGCCUUUACAUCUGGAUCUACAGUGAAGCGGCUAGAGAAGCAAGGUGUACCCGUGCGCUGGAUGAAAUCAACAGAUAUAAUGCACAAUAAAUUCUGUAUUAUUGAUGCUCUUGGAGGCGAGGAACUUACUCCAUUUGUAAUGACAGGUUCUUUAAAUUGGACUACACAAGCGCUAUACAGGAAUUGGGAAAAUCUGUUGAUCACGUCACAGAGAGACAUUGUGGAGCAAUAUAGUAAAGAAUUUGAGAGGCUCUGGCAGGAAUUCAGGCCAAUCGUUAGGAUUGGAAAAUAGUAUUGCACUUAUCUAUAAGUAUGUGCACAAUUGUCUUAUUAUCAUACUUAAGUGAUUAAUGAUAAGUAAAAUAUUAGAUAAAUAGAGACACAAAUUAUUGAUUUUUAAGAUAUUUUAUCAGUUUUUAUUUUUGAUCUUGUAAUAAAAGGCAAAUUGCAUCUAUAAAAUUGCUUAUCCAUAUUUGGUUUU